AUGCGAGGGACUUUCGAAGCUCUCACUCUCGCUUGCUUUGGCAGUUUCUGUCUUGUUUACCAGACCUUGCAAAAUUUUCUCCAGUCUCCACGAUGGACCUUAGGAAAGCAAAGCCACGCGCGAAGAAUGAUAGGAAAAUUGUGCUCCGUACUGAGCCAGACAGUUCAAAGCGAAUUUAAGGUCUGGAUGCUUGAGGAAAUCUGCCCAGGCGGAAACGUCUUUGGGGCUAAGGAGGAUCGCCCCUGGAUCGCACGUGCGAUGGGUCUGCUCACCUCUCAGGCCUAUUUUGUGGCUUGCUUUCUCCGAUUUCCGGCCAUUUUUGUGGGAAUUGAGUUAUUCUUCGCUGUUGCUACAUAUCGCGAUGAAUCAGAAGUGUAUAACGUUGCAAGAAGCGGCUCCCAAGUACAGUUCAUCUAG